AUGAGGCUCCGCAGCGGCACGGCGCUCACGCUGCUGCUCGGCUGCCUGUGCGCCCUGCUCUCGCUCUCCUGGUACGGCGCCUUCGGCGGGCACAAAGGUGACGUUGUGGACAUCUACCAGCGGGAGUUUCUCGCCCUCCGGGACCGACUGCACGCAGCUGAGCAGGAGAGCCUGAAGCGCUCGAAGGAGCUCAACCUGGUCCUGGAGGAGAUCAAGAGAGCCAUCUCGGAGAAGCAGGCCCUGCGGGAUAUAAACCGGACCUGGAGCAGCUUAUCUGACGAAACCAAGUUAAAACUGUGGAAUAUCACCAACAAGAAUGUGCUGCACCUUCCCACCAUCUUCCAUCAUUUGCCACAUUUGCUGUCAAAGGAGAACAGUCUGCAGCCAGCCGUGCAUGUGGGACAGGGGCGCACUGGAGUGUCCGUUGUGAUGGGAAUCCCCAGCGUGAAGCGGGAGGUGCAUUCCUACCUUACCGACACCCUCAACUCCCUCAUCUCAGAGCUCACUCAGCAGGAGAAGGAGGACUCCGUCAUCGUCGUCCUCAUUGCCGAGACGGAUCCGCAGUACACAGCCGGAGUGGCAGAAAAUAUCAAAAACUUAUUCCCAAAGGAAAUACACUCAGGUCUCCUGGAGGUAAUUUCCCCAUCUCCGCAUUUCUAUCCUGAUUUCUCCCAUCUGCGGGAAUCCUUUGGGGACCCCAAGGAAAGAGUCAGGUGGAGGACAAAGCAGAACCUCGACUACUGCUUUUUAAUGAUGUAUGCCCAGUCCAAAGGCAUAUAUUACGUGCAGCUGGAGGAUGAUAUUGUGGCCAAACCAAACUAUCUCAGCACAAUGAAGAACUUUGCCUUGCAGCAGCCCUCCGAGGAGUGGAUGAUCCUGGAGUUUUCUCAGCUGGGGUUUAUCGGAAAAAUGUUCAAGUCUCUGGAUCUGAGCUUGAUUGUGGAGUUCAUCCUGAUGUUCUAUAAGGACAAACCCAUUGACUGGCUGCUGGAUCACAUCCUUUGGGUGAAAGUCUGCAACCCUGAGAAAGAUGCAAAACACUGCGACAGGCAGAAGGCAAACCUGAGGAUCCGCUUCAAGCCCUCGCUCUUCCAGCACGUGGGAACCCACUCCUCCUUGGCUGGGAAGAUACAGAAGCUGAAGGACAAGGACUUCGGCAAGCAGGCCCUGAGGAAAGAGCAUGUCAACCCUCCUGCGGAGGUGAGCACCAGCCUGAAAACCUACCAGCACUUCACCUUGGAGAAGGCUUACCUGCGGGAGGACUUCUUCUGGGCCUUCACUCCCACCGCUGGAGACUUCAUCAGAUUCAGAUUCUUCAAACCGCUCCGCAUUGAAAGGUUCUUCUUCCGCAGCGGGAACAUUGAGCACCCAGAAGACAAACUCUUCAAUACGACUGUGGAGGUUUUGCCGUUUGACAGCCUGCAGUCAGAUAAGGAAGCCUUGCAGGAGGGAAGAGGCGCAGCCGUCAAAUACCGCAGGACGCUGGAUGGCUACAUCCAGAUAGGCUCCUUCUCCAAGGGCGUCGCGGAGGGCGAGGUGGACCCGUCCUUUGGGCCGCUGGAGGCCAUCAGGCUGUCCAUCCAGACCGACUCCCCGGUGUGGAUCAUCCUGAGCGAGAUUUUUAUCAAAAAAGCAGAGUGACGCGGGCGUGCGGAAGGGUGGACACAGGCGUGACU